AUGCCGCCCAAACAGUGGAUCGACAAGAAGAACGCGAGCAAGUUCCAGCUCUUCCACCGAUCGCAAAAUGACCCGUUGAUCCACGACACCGAGGCGGAGGACCGCUUCUUGUACCAGGUCGGAGGACCUGCGCCUGCGCCUGCUCCCGCGCCUUCCUCUGCCUCCAGGUCCUCAAAGAAGCCCCUGCCCAAUCUUUCAGAUCUCCAGUCCGAGUAUGGCGGCAAGGCUCGUCAGAAUGAGGGUGAGGCAGCCACCUACGGAGUCUACUACGAUGACUCCAGCUACGACUACAUGCAGCAUCUUCGCGAGUUGGGCACCGGAACUGGAGAUGCAUACUUUGUUGAAGCCAAGGGUGAAAAAACCAAGGGCAGAGCCGGCCGAGGCAUGAAGCUGGAGGAUGCGCUGCGACAGGUUUCCUUGGUGGACAAGGAUACCUAUGCCCCGAGCGCCUCUGGUGCACCCAGUCUCUACGGAUCGCAGUACGGUGACAUGCGAUCCACUGCUUCGUCUUAUGUUCGCAAGCCCACCUACCAGGACCAGCAGAACGUCCCAGAUGCAAUCUCUGGCUUCAAGCCAGACAUGGAUCCUCGGCUCCGCGAGGCCCUGGAGGCAUUGGAGGACGAGGCUUUCGUCGAUGAAGAAGGCGACGACGAUAUCUUCGGUCAGUUGACUGCCAAUGCAGAGGAAAUGGACGAGGGCGACUGGGAAGAUUCGCUUUUCGACCACGACGAGGAAGAUGAUGGAUGGGAGUCAGACGCCACCGAAAAGGCGCCUGUUCAGCCCCACAGCACAGAUAUCAAGCACGAGGCGGAUGAAGAGCCUUCAGACGGCCCUGUACAAUCUCCUCUGGAGCCAGGCGAGAUGCCUGCACACGACGAGCCCGCUCCCGACAUGCAGCCCACUGACCAGGGUUGGAUGAACGAGUUUGCCAAGUUCAAGAAGGACGCCAAAGCUGGCAACGCCCCUGUCCCUGCUGCACCCACUAUCGCGGCAUCGCAAACCAUGGCCUCAACCGUCUUCACCGCUGGCGGUACCCCAAUCCGCCGCAAGAAGCGCAAGGGUGCUAUGACCAACCCCUCCGCGUACUCGAUGACUUCAUCUGCUUUGGCCCGUACCGAGGGCCACCGCCUCCUUGAUGAGCGAUUCGACAAGGUCGAGCAACUUUACGCCCUUGAUGAAGAGGACGAGUUCGACGACGACAUGUCCAUGGUCAGUGGAAUGACUGGCGCAACCGGCAUGACUGGCAUGUCCACUGCAUCAUCUCAAGCCCCAAGCCUGGUCGACGGCAAUGGCGAAGCAGUCCACAGCCGCAGCAACUUCAACAACGUCAUGGACGACUUCCUUUCCAGCUGGGACCCCAAUACCAGCGCGCAAGCGAAGCGCAAUGGCGCCAAGAACAAGCGCGGCAAGAACGGAAACGAGGCUAUUGGUAUCAGAAUGCUCGACGAGGUGCGGUCCGGUCUUGGUCCGGCUCGCUUCAGAAAUGAGAAGGACAAGCUGAAAGCUGCCGGCAGAGCUUAA